AUAUAUUAACACAACACAAAUUCACAACUCAUUCACUUCACAAUUCAUCAACAUCUAACACCACACACACGCAACACGCUUCAGCCACUAUUCUUCAAGGAAAAACAAAAUGAAAGACACAAUGGAAACUCCUACGACACUCACCACCUUGCUCCGCCACGUCGCCGCCAAAUUCCCCUCCCGCCGUGCCAUCUCCGUCGCUGCCAAAUUCGACCUCACCCACUCCCGCCUCCACCGCCUGGUCGAAUCCGCCGCCGCUCAGUUAGUCGCCGCCGGCGUCAAACCCGGCGACGUCGUCGCCCUCACCUUCCCCAACACCAUCGAGUUUGUAGUCAUGUUCCUAGCCGUCAUUCGGGCUCGAGCCACAGCCGCGCCGUUAAACUCGGCUUACACAGCGGAAGAGUUCGAGUUUUACUUAUCCGACUCGGAGUCCAAGCUCCUCCUAACAUCACCAGAAGGAAACAAGCCUGCUCAAGCCGCGGCUUCAAAGCUCAGCAUCCCCCACGCCACGGCUUCGAUUACCAAAGCCGAGAACGAAGAAGCGGAGCUGAGUCUCUCAUUAUUAAACCACCCCGAGUUGAAUUCCGUUAACUCAGUUGAGUCACUCGUUAACGACCCUGAUGACGUGGCACUUUUCCUUCACACCUCUGGCACCACGAGCCGUCCCAAGGGAGUGCCGCUGACUCAGUACAACCUUCUCUCUUCGGUGAAGAACAUCGACUCAGUGUACCGACUCACUGAGUCCGACUCGACGGUGAUUGUUCUUCCGCUCUUCCACGUGCAUGGGUUAAUCGCCGGAUUGCUGAGCUCCCUCGGCGCCGGAGCUGCGGUAGCGCUGCCGGCGGCGGGGAGGUUCUCCGCCUCGGCGUUUUGGAAGGACAUGAUUAAAUACAGCGCCACAUGGUACACCGCGGUUCCCACCAUACACCAGAUCAUACUGGAUCGCCACUCCAGCAACCCCGAACCGGUUUACCCGCGGCUCCGGUUCAUCCGAAGCUGCAGCGCCUCGCUCGCACCGGUUAUACUCGGUAAACUCGAGGAGGCUUUCGGUGCACCGGUUUUAGAGGCCUAUGCGAUGACGGAAGCGUCGCAUUUGAUGGCUUCGAACCCUUUGCCACAAGAUGGGGCCCACAAGUCCGGGUCGGUUGGGAAACCCGUGGGUCAGGAAAUGGGUAUUUUAGACGAAUCGGGUCGGGUCCAAGAGGCUGGUAUCAGUGGAGAGGUUUGCAUUCGGGGACCCAAUGUUACGAAAGGAUAUAAAAAUAACGUGGCAGCAAAUACGGCGUCGUUUCUGUUCGAUUGGUUUCAUACUGGUGAUAUUGGAUACUUUGAUUCUAAUGGGUAUUUGCAUCUCGUGGGUCGGAUCAAGGAACUCAUCAACCGAGGAGGUGAAAAGAUAUCACCAAUAGAAGUGGAUGCUGUUCUUCUUUCACAUCCAGAAAUUGCUCAAGCAGUUGCUUUUGGAGUGCCUGAUGCCAAGUAUGGAGAGGAGAUAUAUUGUGCUGUCAUCCCAAGAGAAGGAUCAAACGUUGAUGAGGCAGAGGUGCUAAGAUUUAGCAAGACCAAUCUUGCAUCCUUCAAAGUACCAAAAAAGGUCUUCAUUACUGAUUCUUUACCCAAAACUGCCACAGGCAAGAUUUUGCGCCGUCUUGUGGCAGAACACUUUGUCUCUCAAAUUUGAGCAACUCAAAUCCCCAGUCUUUUGAUGCUUACAUAUAUGCCUGGGCAAAAAUGAUCUUUCCUACAGGAUACAAUAAUAGAGAUUCUAGUUUCCAAUGAUUCUUGUUCAAUUCCUUUGUAAAAAAAAAUAAAAAAUUCUUAUUAAAUGUUCACAAUGUAAUGUUUUCAAUGUUUUAUGGAUACAUAAUUUCUUAAUCC